CAUAAAAUUAAUCUAAUAUUUUUUUUACAAUCUUUGUCAAAUACUAAAAUACUAUUCAGUAUCUUACUACGAUUAAUAUCUUAUUAAGUUUCUUGUUCAGUUAUAUUGAUCUUCAAAAUGCCGCACCCAACACGCAGGAGGUCCAGUACCUCUAUCCUGGCAAAUCGUCGUCCUAGUAUUAUGACUUACACUGAUAUCUCUGAACUGAACCUCCUCAAGGAAGAGACACAUACAGGUGAUCAUUUUCUCACACCCGCUCAAUUAGAGGUGGUCUACAGAACGAACGUCAAUACCGGUCUCACAGAAAACUUUGCAAAGGAGCUUUUAGAUAAAAAUGGGCCAAAUCAACUGAGAGAGCUAGGCGGAUCGAGUUACUGGAAAAUAUUUCGCCACAAUCUAUUCGGGUGGUUCCAAUGCGUGUUGUGGGUGGGAGCUUUACUUAACUUUAUAGCGUUUUUUGGUGCGAAUAAGUUGGACCCCGGUGAUGGCGGAGGACAUUCGGAGAAAGAAUAUCUGUAUUUGGGUCUCGUUAUAACUGGCACUGUUGUUGGAACCGGGUUAUUUGGAUUUUAUCAGGAAGCUAGGAACAUUGCUGUUAUGAGCGGCUUUGAAAAACUUGUCCCUCCUAACGCUGUAGUUAUUCGAGAUGGUGGUAAAAAAAUUAUACCUAAUUGUGACAUUGUAGUUGGCGAUAUAGUCGAGAUGACAGGAGGGGAAAUUGUUCCCGCAGAUGUCCGUAUUCUUGCGUGCAACAACUUUCAAACAGAUAUGGCGUCUUUGACGGGAGAAUCAGAACCCAUUAAACAUAGACCGGAGUGCACUCAUUCUAAUCCACUUGAAUCCAAAAACAUGGCGUAUUUUGGAUGCCCGAUCACGGAAGGUACUGCGAAAGGCAUAGUAGUAGCAACGGGUGAAAUGACACAGAUUGGGAAAAUUGCCGGACUUGUAACUGGUUUAGAGAAAGAAGAAACUCCCAUUGCUAAGGAAAUCACACAUUUUAUAAAGUUGAUCUGUGGAGUAGCUUUUACUUUUGGUACCAUAUUUUUCCUUAUGGUGUAUUUUAUACAAAAAAGUUGGCUAUCAGCAUUGCAGUAUAUGCUGGGCAUUAUACUAGCAAACGUACCCGAAGGAUUAAUAGUCACGUUAACAGUCUGCAUGACUUUAUCCGCGAAGCAAUUAAAGAAAAAGAAUUGCCUGGCAAAGACAUUGCAAGCUGUGGAGACAUUGGGCUCUACAUCAUGUAUUUGUUCUGACAAAACAGGUACCUUGACGGAAAAUCAAAUGAAAGUAUCGCAUUUAUUUUGUGAUUUCAAUAUUUUUGAUAAAGAUGACCACACCCAUGUCUCUGAACCAACCUAUGCAACCCUAUGUUUGGCUGCGUCAUUAAAUCUCAAAGCAGUGUUUGCAAGUGAUUCUAUGAAUUUGCCAAUCGAGAAAAGAAAGAUAUUAGGUGACGCAUCAGAAUCUGCAAUAUUACGUUAUAUGGAGUAUAAUCGAUCUGCGACACAAACUCGCAUCGAAAAUCCUAAAGAAGCGGACAUACCAUUCAGCUCGGCUUACAAAUAUCAAGUCACAAUUCACCGACUACAGGCGACACAGAGUUAUUAUUUGAUAAUGAAAGGCGCUCCCGAGAUAGUCGUGGAGUAUUGCUCAUACGUGCACACUGAUGACGGUCUUCAGCCUCUUACUCAGCAAGCAAAGAAAGAACUUAAAGCCAAUUUUGUCAAACUAGCAAAUAUGGGCGAACGAGUUAUUGGUUAUUGUGAUUUAAAAUUGCCCCUCAAUGAUUAUCCACUGGGGUACAAGUUUGAUACUCAACAGAGAAAUUUUCCUGUUGAAGAUUUGAAUUUUCUUGGAGCGAUAUCCAUGAUCGACCCACCAAGAAGAGAUAUUGAGAAAUCAAUAGCCCUUUGUAGACAAGCUGGCAUAAAAGUUGUGAUGGUAACGGGCGACCAUCCCGUUACUGCUUUAGCUAUAUCUAGACAAUGUGGUACGAUUACUCAACCAACCGCUUAUGAUUAUGCAUUCGAACAUCACAUUGAGCUUUCAGACGUUCCACCACAUAUAAGAAAUCAGUUUAGAGCAGCAGUUAUCACCGGGGAUGAGCUUCGAAAAAUGAGUGUAAACGACUUAAAAUCUGCUCAAAAUAAAUACGAUGAAAUAACGUAUGCCCGAACAAGUCCACAGCAAAAGCUAUUUAUUGUUGAGACUUAUCAAUCGUUAAAACAUGUUGUUGCUGUAACUGGAGAUGGUGUAAACGACUCACCAGCUCUAAAAAAGGCUGAUAUUGGUAUAGCAAUGGGUAUCAAUGGCACAGAGGUUUCAAAACAAGCGGCUGACAUGAUUCUUUUGGAUGAUAAUUUUGCCUCUAUUGUUCUCGGAGUAAAAGAAGGCCGGAGAAUUUUUGAUAACCUUAAGAAGACCAUAGCUUACACGUUAACUUCGAAUACGCCGGAAAUGUUACCGUUUGUUCUUUAUGCAUGUCUUGGAAUGCCUUUACCCAUGCCAUUAAUGUUAAUAUUGGUAAUAAACGUAGGAACCGACUUAUUGCCAGCUAUGAGUCUCGCUUAUGAAGAUUCAGAAGAAGAUAUCAUGUCGAUUCCACCACGUAAACCGACCGAUCACCUAGUCAAUAAAGUGUUAAUAUUUAUGGCUUACUUUCAGGUUGGUUUGAUACAGUUUUUUGCAGGUAUGUAUGCAUAUUUCGUUGUCUUCGCGCAUGAUGGCUUUUUUCCUUCUAGCCUUAUAUUUAUUCGUUCAGAUUGGGAGACACCUACUAAGGUCAUUAAAGAUACACUGGGCAGAAGCUGGUUUUUUGUAGAUAGAAAAAGAAUUGAAAGAAAGGCGCAGACAGCUUACUUCGUAUCAGUAUGUUGGACUCAAAUUUCUGAUGUGAUUAUUUGCAAAACGAGACGUAUUUCUCUUCUGAAGAAGGGCAUGAGGAACCAUGUGUUAAAUACUAGUAUACUGGUAGAUUUAAUUGCGGCUUUGGUUGUGACUUACCUGCCUAUAUGUAAUGAAGUAUUUAGUACUGAGGCACUUCUGUGGUAUGAUUUCUUCCUUGCUACACCAUUCAUGGUGUUGAUGGUAAUUGGCGAUGAAUUAAGGCGUUACUUGAUUAGAAAUAACAUUUCCAAAUGGGUCGAGGAAGAGACUUAUUAUUGAUUGACUCACAAUUAGCUUUUAAAUGUAUUAUAAGUUUUUAUUCGAAGUAAAAUAUAGUUUAAUUUCUGUGUCAA